AUGGUCUUAACUGACGUGCUUAAGCGAUGGAAAACAAUCAAUGGCAAGGAAGCGUACCUUUGUACUGGAACCGACGAGCAUGGCAUGAAAAUUCAACAGGCAGCUUUAAAGGAAGGAAUCUCACCCAAAGAAUUGUGCGAUAACAAUUCGAACAAGUUCAGAGAUCUUGCUGAAGUCUCCAACAUUUCUCACGAUUUCUUCAUCCGAACCACCGAUCAGGAACAUAAAGACGUUGUCCAACAAUUCUGGCUUCUUCUCAAGGCUCGUGCGCCUGAAGGACUGGGUCUAUACAAGGGAAAGCAUGAGGGCUGGUACUGUGUUAGUGAUGAGUGCUUCUACCCAGAAGAUCUCGUUGAACCCAGCGUUGUGCCGCAGACGGGUCGCAAGAUCAUGGCCAGCACUGAGACAGGCAACGAAGUCGAAUGGAUUGCCGAACACACGUGGUUUUUCCCUCUUUCAAGGUACAAGGACAAGCUACUUCGCUUCUACGAUGAGAACCCUGAUUGGAUCCAGCCAGCUCAUCGUAUGAACGAAGUACGAAACUGGGUCGAAAACCACCUUGAGGAUCUUUCAGUCACUCGUCCGACGUCGAGAUUGAACUGGGGAAUUAGAGAUCCCGAUGACCCAACCAGCACCAUCUACGUCUGGGUGGAUGCCCUCGUCAACUACCUGACCAAGGCUGGAUUUGGCACCAAGUGGCAUGCUGACGACGCCGACACAGGUAUCUGGCCAGCAGAUGUGCACGUCGUCGGCAAGGACAUUAUUCGAUUCCACGCAGUCUACUGGCCUGCCCUGCUCAUGGCUGCAGGUCUCCCUCUACCCAAGAAGAUUCUCUGCCACAACCACUGGACCAUGUCCAACCGCAAAAUGUCCAAGUCUCUCGGAAAUGUCGUUAAUCCCUUCUCCGCUGUGCAAAAGUGGGAUCUUGACCCUCUGCGAUACUUCCUCAUGCGGAACGGCAGUCUCAAGGGUGACAUGAGCUAUUCGAACGAGUCCAUCAUGGUCAUUUACGAAAAGGAGCUCCAAGCUAAUAUUGGCAACUUGUUUAACCGCAUUUCUCGCAACAAGAACUUUUCUUGGUCAACUUUGGGAGCGGUUCAGGCUGCUCGAAACGGCGACUUCGACAAUAUUGAAUCCUCUGUGCCUCGCGGGGACGCAGCCCCCGACUUUUUCAGCCUCGAAUCAACACUGCAUGAUGCACCUACAACUAUCCGACGUGAUAUGGAUGAGAUCAACUUGAGUAAUGCGCUUCGCGGCGUCUUUGAGCUUCUCCGAGAGGCAAACCGCUUUAUUAGUGAUACUGAACCCUGGAAGAUGACCAAGAGUGAGGAUCCCAAUGCCAAGGUUCUUAUCAACUGGGUUAUAUAUGAGUGCGCCGAAGCUGUGCGAAUCGCGGGCAUCCUUCUGCAGCCUAUUAUGCCUACCAAGGCGGAGGAGCUCCUGGAUAACCUUGGUGUCGACCGCGAAAGACGCACUGUCGAAUUCGCUCGCAAGGGUGCUGAUACCAAUUAUGGCACUCCGCCUCUUAUGACGAAUAACAUCAAGCCCAACGGCUUUCAGAGUCUGUUUCCUCCUGUCGCAGCUGUUGACUUGCCUGAUGCCCCGAUCGACGCACCAAAGGGUAAGGGCAAGGACAUCCAAGAAGCUACCGCUUCAGAGCCGAUGACUUUGGAGGAGGAGUACGAGAACCAGCAGUCAUGGCGCACUUCAUCCGAUAAGCUUACAUUUAUCGUCUGCGCACCCGUCACACAAGAUACAUCACUAGUGAAGUCCGGCACAGCUGAUGCAGACGCCCUCAUGCGCGGAGACAUUAACUUCUUUCUCUACCCAUUUGAAAGCGACGAUGAGGAUGAUACUACAGAUACCCAAGGCUGGGUUACUGGCGAAGUGGAUGUCAUGAUCGCUUCGCCCUCGCAUCGCGGACAAGGUCUUGGUCAAGCGGCAGUGUGUGCGCUACUUGCGUAUAUCCGAAAGCACAUCGACGGGAUACUCGCCGAGUAUGGGGCAAAAGAGCUGAAGGGUUUGAUGGUAAAAAUCAAAGAGGGAAACAAGGGUAGCAGAGCUCUAUUCGAAAAGUUGGGGUUUGUGCAGAAGGGAGAAGUAAAUUACUUUGGUGAGGUUUUGAUGACUAUUGAAUGGGAUGAGGUUUCGAAGAGGGAUUGGUGGACGGGAGCUGAGGAGGAGUUUAGAGAGGUGAAGUAUGAACUAGAAAACGAAUGA